UAGUUUUGUUCUUCAUGCGAUAUACGGCCAUUUUGUGUUGUGAAGAGCAAGCGAGAGAGAGAGAAAAGGAGGAAAAACUGUAUGCUGUUGUUGUAUACCGCGCCAUCCUGCGAAGGAAAGGAGUACAACCGGUCAUAUGUUAACUACCAUUACAUCGGAAUAAACGUCUAUUGCUGCAAAUAAAAUUCACGAUGGUACUCGAUAGAAGGUGAUAACACUAAUCCAGCAAAUAUGAGUGAAAAAGAAGACAAUGUAAUGGAGGUAGACAACAAGGAAGAGGAGGAGAAAGAAAAGCCGAAAGAUGAAAGUGGGGAUGACGGUGAGGAGGAGGAAGAGGAGGAGGAAGAAACUCCCAAGCGACGGACACCGAAGACGUUAACGGAAAAGAGACUGAGCCGUCUGAGUUCUGGAAUGGAAAUGAGAGGCAUGAUGACAGAGUCGUACCCUUGCAAAGAGUGCAGUGCAUCUUUCUCUCGUAAGAGCAAGCUCGACUAUCAUGUAGCCAAUGUUCAUCCGAAACAGCCCGUUAUUCCAAUCGAGGAAAAAAGUCCCGCUAGGAGAGGCCGCAAGCCCAAGACACCGAGGAAGAACGAAAAAGCAGAAAAGCCAGAAAAGGCACCAAAAUCGUUGACCCCCGAAGUCAAGAAAGUUGGAUCUGGACAUCAGGCAGAAGUGCAGAGAGCAAUACAGAAGCAGUUGCUGCAACAACAGCAGCAACAUCAGCUACUGCAGCAUCAGCAAAUGCAACAGCUGCAGGAGCGGCAACUCCAGCAGCAGCAGCAGUCACAGGCUAUUAUUUUCCAGAACAAACAACAAUCCAAACUGCCAAAGGUGACGAAUAUAAGUAAUGAGAAGGUCAAGUAUAAUUGGGGCUACUAUUGCACAGCCUGUGAUAUGUACUUUGCAAACAUGUUUGCCCAGCAGUUCCACUGUCUCCACGGCCAGGCCAAGUUCCGUUGCGAGGCUUGCUGCAUCUGCUUCAAGCUACGGAAGAACUUCAUGAGCCACGUCCAGAUGGUACAUGGUGUUGACAUUCCGGAGGAGGUUUUAGCGAGGAUGAGGCCCCGCUCAGAGAUUAGGGCGAAGCAGGAGGCAGAUGCUGAAAAGAAUGGACAAAAGAAAGAGGAAUCAGAACCGGUUGACCUUACAAAAGAUGGUAGUAACAGUUUAAAUGAAAAGGCUGCAAAGUCAGAAGUGGAACCGGACAAAGUGAACAGUGAUGAAAAUGGCAGUAGUGAAUCCAAACAACCAUCAUCUGAAAAACAUGCGAAGGAAAAUGGUGAAAAUGAACUUGUUAAAAAUGAUGCAAAUGAAUCUGGGAAGAGUGAUGCUAAUGAAAUCGUGAAAAGUGAUGCUAAUGAAACCGUGAAAAGUGAUGCUAAUGAAACUGCAAAAAGUGAUGCUAAUGAAACUGCGAAAAGUGAUACUAAUGAACAUUCCACUGCUGAGCAGGCACAGGAUGGGGAGAAAAAAGAAAAGAUAGUCAAAGCAAAAGACAAUACAAGUGAAGAACCAGAAAUAAUAUGCAUCUCUGAUUCACCAGCCAAAAAGGGUAAGGUCCUUCAGUUGAAAGCAGUAACAGAUGUUAAGCAAAGCGAAAGUGGUGGUAACAGCAGUGCCGAUGAAAGUGACAAAAAGGAUGAAGGGCGUGUCUAUCUGACGACAGUUCGCAUGGGUAAUACCUAUGUUACUCUGCCAUCAGGAGAAAAGUGGAUGAUAGAAUGCCUGAGAUGCCACCAGGCUUUCUUUAAAAUGGAAGAUGCAUCUGUUCAUAUGAAACAACGUCCCGGUUCCCAUUUCAGCUGUCCACACUGUCAUUACAGUUCCACUCUGUACAGCCAGUGCGAUUAUGAGAUCCACAGGUUGCGGACGCAUAGCUUCCCCUGUGCACAGUGCAGACAGUCCUUCAUAUUGGAGUGCCAGCGUGACAUGCAUGAGCAAAAGAUCCACAACUACUUCCGGCAGCUGAUGCGACGGAAGCAUCCUCCUGGAGCAUCUGGAAAGACGCCCCCAUCUGGCGCCCAAGUUAAGUCGAUAGCAGGAACAAACAGCGGAAACAGCACUCGCACGAUUGUGGUCCAGAGUGAAGGAGGUACUUCUUCAAGUAAAGGUGUCACCAAAUCUGCCCUCAGUCGUGAUGGAUACCCUGUUGUGAGGACACAAAGAACUCCUUAUGUUUGUCUUAUGUGUGAUCGUGAUUGCUAUACAAGAGACGCCUUAGAGCAUCACAAAAAGACAUUUCAUUCAGCAGUAUACCGCCCCACCGGCAAAAUCACACAUCCAAUCUCGAAGAGCUCCAUAGCCUACAAGACAAACCGUUACCCUACCGGAUCGAUCAACCGGAAUGCCCCUGUUAGCAAGAUUUUGCAGGAGAUGAGGCAAGGGUCUGACCUCAAAUCUGCCAAUCGCACAAUAGCAGUAGCAGCCUUGCAGGACCCCUACCUUGAGCCCAAUAAGAUUCCCCAUGCUUACAUCUCAAGGAUAAAGGUGGAUCUACCUGAUGCCAACAAACUCGUAGAUACGAUCAGGAAUGAACUGUUGAAGGGUCCAACAAAUUUUUCUAUGCCUAACUAUGCCAAACCGUCAAAGUUCAACAAGGACAUGGUGACGAAUCCAGCUGUUGUGAAGUUGUCCAGGGAAGUUGCUUACAAGCUCUAUUUUGAUCUCCAGGGCCCAUGCAACGAGUCAGACAAGAUGAACUACAAAGAACCAGAGAAGGUCCUCUAUAAGAUCCCGAUGGGUUGUCAUAGCCACAAGCUGAAAGAUGUACCUCUAUUCCCCACCCUUGAAGACCUCAUAUUCCGGACUAAUAACUAUACUGUCCCUCCUCUAAAUACAAUAGCUCCUGUAGAGUUAUUUACUGGAUUCCAAGGUGAAUUGUCUAUGAAGGAUUCCGUCAGUUUCUCUCAGGAGCUGGACAACUGCAUGUUUGGUUGCUUCACAAAAACGAUGCGUGCCUUGACUAUGAUCUACAGCAGCCGAAGAGUCGCUGUCAGUGAAGGUUUUUGGCGUCUCCAGACAAAAGCCCUCAUUGCCAUUCUCAAGGAAGUGGAGGAACAACGCAAGAAGGAGAUUGGGGAAAGGGCUAAGGCAGCAUCUGUAGCUGCCAAAGCUGCUGCAGCUGCUGCGGCAAGUGCACGUCCUUUGAAGUUGAAAGACUAUCCUCAGACAGUCAACCCAGGUUCACACGUGUUGCUUCCUAAUGGUGGUACUCUUGAACAAACGUCAGAAGGUCAGCCCAUGAUUCAACUCAUUGGAAACAAAGUCCCUGGGACAUCAGAUGAAUCAGUUCCAGAUGUAGUUGUUGUCUCAGCAGACUCCAAGGAGCGUUCACUCCCCUCUCCCGUUAGCACCAAUGCAUCAGGAAUUAGUGAUCAAAGCAAGGCAGAAUCAAGCAAGGCAUCAUCUACCUCAGUCGGCAAACCAGAAAUACCCACUCUUCAAUCUCUGGCCAAGAGGGCAGCAGACGACAAAGAUGGGAAACAGGAUGAAGGAGAGGAGUCGAAGGAAGAAGAGGAGGAGAUGAAGGAAGAGGAGAAGGAGAAACCUACGGAUGGGGAGACAAAGAAGGAUGAGGGCAAUGGAGAGGAGGAUGAUGAGCCAAAGAAGAAGAAGAGGAAGACAGAAAAUGGUGACGAUGAUGAUAAGAAAGAGGUCCUUGUCAAUGGCAGCGCAUCACCCCCUCCUGGUGAAGGGAAUGGACCCGCCAUGAAUGGGAUGCAGAAUGGACCUACAGAGGGAGGGAAUCCACCAAACAGCACAUCUUCCUCUGAAUCCAAAGUGAGCCAGAUAUCUGUCACUGAUGCUUCUCAGAAAGGUUCCAAGCUGAGCAGCACCGAGGGAACCACCACAGCACCGACUGAGCCAGCCAACAACUUGACCAAUGGUACCUUGCAUGCACAGCUCACUGGAGGCACCUUCCAACUACCCACCAAUGGUACUACCUUUCAGGCUCACUUGAAUGGAGGUUCUAUUCACACUCCAUUAAAUGGCGGUACAUUUCAGACACCACUCAAUGGUGGCACCCUCAAUGCUCAACUCAGUGGCGGUGCAACACCAGUUGUCGGUGGUAACAAGCUUUUUAAUUUGAACCUGAGCAGCGGUCAGCUGAGUCUACUGAAUGGCAUACCCGUUCAGAUCAAAGCUGCUGGAAAUUUGGGCGGGAACACGCUUGGGAAGGGGGUCAUUCGACUAGGCAGUGGCAUUGGAGCGGGUGGUGCUGUAGGAACCGUUAUUAGUGGUCUCAAUGGCGUAGGUAAUGGAUUUUUAGGUGGUGGUGUGCAGGGGGGCGGUGGUGUACUACUCUCUGUUCCUCAUAGCAAUGUUCAAUUGAUGCCAGUGCCGAAGCUGGCUUAUUCUGUAGGGGCUGUUUCGGCUGUGGCAUCCGUUCAAAACAUUCCUUCGCUGCAGGUACGUCAGAAGCCCAUCACAUUGGCUGUGAACAACAAUUCCUAUGCUUAUCCUACAUUGUCUAAAACAAUUAUCCAUAAUCCUACAACAACCUUCUCUCCAGUUAACAAAGCUGCUGCCACCAAACCUACUAUUAAGCCAACCAUUACUAAGCUGGGCAAUGGAUUUGUCCCUGAGAAGAUCGCCCAGUUUAUCAGUCAGAACUUCAUCAGCAUCAAACCCAAGCAACCUGGAGCAAACAAUGUCCCCACGAAAGGAGAACCUCUGCCUACAUUGCUCAAGGUCAAUAAUCUAGCAGCAAGUGUUAAAACCGAUCCGAAGGUGGACGAACUGAUCAAAGUCUGUAAACUGACAUCAGCGAAUGGGCAGUCGACCGCUGCUGCUGGAAACUCAAUGGAGGAAGAGUUUGUCUUGACAAGAAUUUUGGAGUCUAUAGCCAUCCUCAAGCAGCUGCAGACCAGCAAGUUCCUACCGGAAGCGCUUUGCAAGAAGAUCACCCCACUGUGUGAGAAGAUUGUUCAGGCAUCAACGACCAUGGAGGACAAGGAGGAUCUGUCGAGGGAGGUAGAUUCCAUCCUAAAGACAGAGGCCAAGGAAGCUAUGAAGCUUUUCAACCAGGAAACAGACCUCAAUGACAACAAGAGUCAACAGGCCAGUGCUGCAGAUGGAGCGAGUCAAGAUGCCAGAGCGAUCGACCAGUUCUUGCAGAGCCUUGCCAAGCGCAUCAAAUACAUCCAGUUCCGGCUGACCGCGAGGAGCAUCGACCCCAUCAGCAUGACUGAGAUUGUUCCUUUGUGCCAAGACAUCUGUGAUCCUAAGCUCACCCUAACCAAGAAGGUCCAUGUUAUCAAGGAGAUUGAAGACAAGAUCAAGGCGUACGAGACAGAGGCUCGUAGCCAAGCAGCAACUCCUGUGGACAUCGCUGCAGUGCCUGAGGAGAUCGAGGUGGACGAGGAUGCUUGCGUUUACUUCAAGCUACAGCUGGACGAUGGAAGCAGUGCAAUGGUCGGCAUGAACGACCUGGAGGAUGCCUACCAAGCUAUAUCACACCUUGCCCGACUAGAGGUCAGGGUCAAGCGUAUGAACCAGAAUGAUGUCAACAGAGAGAAGAGGAAACUCAAACGAAAGAAGGUAGAGGUCGAUGAGGACAAAGCUGGAAAAGGAGAAGCAGCAUCAAGUGCAACACCAAAAUCAAGCUCAUCUGGUUCCAAGAAGAGGAAGUCUUUGAGUGGAGAUGCACCCAGCAGCAAGAAAAAGAAAUAGAUAUCCAAUGGCAGGGAUAUUUUCUUCUAGCACCGUCAAGAGAGUGAACGGACAUUCAGGAACUUGUGAAGGAUGUAUUGCAAUGUACUUGGUGAUGGUUGAUUUAAGGGUUCGCCAACCAGUGUUGUGUUGAUAUUCGUGACGUCAUAGAUUUCAUAUAUGGAGUCAUGGUUCUUAUGAAAUUGUUUCAUGGUUUGAGAGAUUCAUCCUGCAGUAAUGACAGCAUAAUGCCCCUAAGUUGUUAAUAUUUGAUGUGGACCCUGUGUAAAAAAUAAUUGUUAUUGAUCUGAUCAAUCUCAAAUGCAGAAAUCCAUUAAUGUUAAUUCUUUAUAUAGGAAAUAUACACUCUUUGGAAAGUCAAGGUGCUCAUUAAAGAGUUCCAUGGUUUGUAAAAUUCAUCCUGCAGUAAUGAGUGCAUUAUGCCCCUAAGUUGUUGAUUUUUGAUCUGGCCAUGUCUUAUGCAAAGAGUGGUUAUUGAUCUGAGCAAUUGCAAAUGUAGAAAUCCAUCAAUGUCAUAGUUCUUCAUAUAGGAAAUUCACACAUCACUUCUUUGAAAACAAAGAGGUGCAUACUGAUUUGAAUAUAAAUCCUUUUGAGAGAGCACUAUGAACAACCAUGCAUCCUAGAUGUUGGUAUUGCUGGCUUUCCAUAGUUGCGAGGGAUCGGAUCAAUUAUAACAAGCCCUGGAAAAAAUCUAGUCAAGCUUUGAAUGAAGAGUUUAAACCAACUCAGAGAAGAUACAUUGUAUGGAGUAGAGAAGGUUGGCCAUAUUUUAAAUGGUAUUUUUUAAAUAUAUUAUACACAGGAUAUACUUCAGGAGGGUGUUUCACAAAGAGCUAACUAUGACUUAAGUCAUGCUUAGUGCUGACGUGCGCAUGAUUAUUUUACGUGCACUCAUAUUGAUUAAUACGCAGUUACUCGUGUACUCUUAGUAUGAUUUUUGACCAAAGCAGUGAUGCCUUUUAUUCAGCAUGCAACUGGACAUUUAAGUGUGACUCUAAGUCAUACUUAAAUCUUUGUGAAACACCCCCCAGGGGCUCCGUAACCCAAAGAUUAGCGAUCAAUCGCUAAAUCUACUGACCAAUCAAGAUCAAUGUUACACGCGCAUUUGGUUCAAAAUAUUGACCAGGAACCAAUCAGAAGUGUUCUUCUUUCAUAUUUGCAAUUCACCGCUAAGCUUUGUGUUACGAGCUCCUGUUCUUAUUAGGAUAGUCAGGAGGCAUUUAUUGAUGGGAGCAUAGGAUUGUAUCGGGAAUACCCUUUACUCAGAAAUUAGUAACCAUUUCACACUGCAUCUUUGUCUCCAUGUAUUACAAUGCUUUGUGUGAAAGCGCUCUGGGUAAACUCUACAUAAAGAAAACUGAAACUGGUACUUAUGAUGUCUGAGAACAUUGCUUUUUAAUUUGUGAUGAAAUGAGAUGUGGUUCUAUUUGUUUAAUUUUCAAAGGAAAAGGGAUGUAUUAAAGACUAAAAGGUGCAAGUAAGUGACAUAACUCUGGAUUUUUUUUAUCUUAAAGUUGAAAUAAUGUCAACUAAGUCAACUCUUAGCCAGUCAUUUCAGGUUUUGACAUUAAGUUGUUUGAUGCUUACGUAAAACUUCUUUAAGAUCUGUAAGUCGGUGAUAUCCUCUUGCUUUGCCCGGUCUGAAAUCGCUAAAAUCGGUGUUAAGAGAUAAAAAUCAGUUUGAUUUGAUUUGAUUGGUCAAGAGCAUCUUGGGAUUGAUUUUAGCUGCUUGUGAAACUCCCCUUGUGCUUGCAUUCUGGUGCUUGAUGAUGUGAAGUGUUCUAAUGGAAAGAUAUGUUUUUGUCACAUAAGAGAGAUUGUGGUUAAUUUUUGUUUAGAUCUUUGAGAUAGAAAUCCAGAAUUGAUGGCAAAGAAUGCAUGAGAUUAAUGGAAAUGGAUUGUAAUUGUCUUUAUGGAAGAGGAUAAUGUAAGAUAUUAACCAACUCGAUACCUCUAAUUUAUACAAAUUGAUUUGAUUGUCUCUGAAACGGCGUAUCAAUGAAUUAAUCAUUGGCAUUUAUUAUCUUAUAAUUAAUUGUUAUUGUAAGUUAUUGCUGUACAAAUGUUUAGUAAUUAUUGGACAACCGUUUUCUUCUCUAUACCAGAGGCCAAGUGAGUGUUCCAAGUGUAUAAAAAUACUAGUAUGUUAGUUAGACAAACAUUGUAUUUUAAGUUUGUGAUAUUUUGUGUACCUUACAAGGCCAUUAUUAAGACACACAUUACAGAUAUAAUGCACAUUCAUUUCUAUCUAUAUACCUGUUGUCACUUAUACUUGUACAUCACAUAACACCUAACGCAUAUCAUUACGGGAUGUGCGUGUGUGUUAGAAUUUACAUGAAACAAUUUCUUUUUAUAUACAUCUACAUGUACACAUUGAUAUUUCAUGGCAUAGGUUUGUAAAUUAUGUAUAUAUACAUCAUCCAUUUUCUCUCAUAUUCUAACAGUAGAAUACUAUUCAUUUUUUUGUAGUUGACAAUGCAUACUCUUCAUUGUAAUUUUGAUGUAUAAGGAAAUUUAAGUUAUUGAAAUUUUGUACAUGUAUCUAAUAUGUAUGGAAUCAGAUGCUAGAUUGCAAUUACUUGUGCACAUACGUGAUUGUGUAAAAUUUAUGAUAUUGUGUAGCAAAGUUUGGACAUUUUCUUGAUGAUUUUGAUACAAAGCAUUUUAAUGAAGUAACGGAGAAUGGCCUUGUCCAAUUCUUGAAUUUAUAACUUUGCCAGCUCUGCAAGUAUUUUGAUAUGGCUAUUGGUUUUGGGUUCCCGGCUGUACUGCAAUUGUGGGUUUUAUUCAGCGGUAUUUAUUUUUCAAUUUUCUUUUGAAAGGAGAUGGGAUGAAGACAAGAAUAUUUGGUUGUAUGGAUUGUUAUUUCUUCAUGGCCACAUUGCAUGAAGUUAAAUACAUGUUUUCCAUUGUAAGUUAUAAAAGCUUCUGAAAUCCUUCAAUUUGAUUGGUCUAUAGCAAAUUCUGGGUUGAAACUAAGCUUUACGAAUGCUUCAUAAAGCAUGUUUUCAAUUGUAAGUUUUGAGAGCUACUGAUAUACUGCAUUUCAAUUGGUCUUUAGCAAAUUUGGGUUGAAACUAAGCUUUGCGAAUGCUUCAUAAAACAUGUUUUCAUUUGUAAGUUUUGAGAGCUACUGAUAUACUGCAUUUCAAUUGGUCUUUAGCAAAUUUGGGUUGAAACUAAUCUUUAUGAUUGCUUCCUAAAGCAUGUUUUCAAUUGUAAGUUUUAAGAGCUACUGAUGUACUGCAUUUCAAUUGGUCUAUAGCAAAUAUGGGUUGAAACUAAUCUUUAUGGAUUGCUUCAUAAAGUAUGUUUUCAAUUGUAAGUUUUAAAAGCUAUUGGUAUCCUGCAACUCGAUUGGUCUAUAGCAAAUUUGGGUUGAAACUAAUCUUUAUGUAGUACGAAACUAGUUCUGGUGUUCAUCUUCUCAAUACAAGUGAUCAUGGGAAGAUAUGCCCUUAGUGAAACAACACAGAAGUCAGGACAGGGAAGAGUGUUAUUAAAUCAAGAAAAUUAUAUAAAAUUAUCCCUUCCGUGAGUUAGUUUUAGUUUUGUGGCAAUGCAAAUAAAUAAAAUGGUGAUCCGCUACAAAAUGUGUAAACAAAAAAAUGCCAUAAUUGCGGCGGGAACCCUGAUUUCUGCAGAAGAGCUGCAGAAGUAGAUUAGAGAUUGUUAAAAGUAACAUACCACAAUUGCUUACUUAUAAUUUGCUCUUCCAUAUUUUCUUUUUUCUUAAAUUUAUGUGAAUCAAUCUGGUUGUCAUGGUAUCUGCAUUAUUUAGUCGAAUUUGUGAAGUACCAGAAUACUUAGAAGCCUGUCGCAAGAUUUAUGUGUAUUUCAAACAACUCUCAUUGAUUGGAUGUGGUAGAAAGAUGACCAGGGACCUGUAACAUAAAAGGUUUGAAUAAAUUGCAAGUAUGAAAGAACCCCUCUCAUUGGGUCCUUGUCAGUGUUUUGAACAAAGGGCACAUGUAACGAUGAUCUUGAUUGGUCAUUUACAUUUGCUUGAUUGUGAACCUUUGUUACUGGUCCCAGGGCCUGAUUUCAUAAAAGUUGUUAUCAUGGACAAGUUGAUAUUCAGUGGCAAAUACAUCGAAUCCUUUAUUUUUAUUGGCCAAGAACAAGAAUUAAGAAGUAUUGUUAGUAUGGCAACCGUCAUUGUAUGACAGAAUGGAAUGAAAAUUGGGGAUAUCCAAAUUAUUGUGAGAACUUUACUAUGUCUCAUUCCUUCAGAUUAGAGUACCACCUUUGAGGGGUGCAAGAAAAUGUUUGCAAUCAAUUGCGAAUUUCUGUUGUAAGAAGUAGUUCAGGGUCCCGUCUUAAAAGAGUUGCGAUUGAUCCGAUCUUUCACAACUAUGGAAAGCCAGCAAGAUCAUACAUCUAAAAAUGCAUGUCCAUUCAAAAUAUUUUCUAGAUAUGAUGUAUAUUCAUUCAUUCAUUUGAAAAUUCUGUAUGCUUCUCUUUGUUAACAAAGUACAUUGUGCAAAUUUACUGUAGAAAAUAUUAUGACACUGAUGGAUUUCCAUAGAGUUAUGAUUGAUCCGAUCAACCUCAAUUCUAUGGAAAUCCAUCAUUGUCAUAAUAUAUUCUACAAGAAAUUUGAACAAUGUCCUUUAAGAACAAAGAGAAGCACACUGAAUUUUCAAGAAAACAAUGAAUGUAUGAAUAUACAUCGUAGUUAGAAAAUAUUUGGAACAAACAUGCAUAAUAGAUGUUGAUGUUGCUGGAUUUACAUAGUUGUGAUUGAUCGGAUCAAUCACAACUCUUUGUGAGACAGGGCCCAGCAAUAAAUCACAAAUUUGAAAUUAAUGGCACGGUAUGAUUUUGGAACCCCAAAUAGAUUUUCAGUUGGUCAGAUGUUCAUGCAAUGCCCCUUAACAGUUUAUUGGUCCCCUGGUUGCUUGUUCACAGGCAUUCGUGCUUUCUUAGCAGUCAGGUAAAAAACCUCGGUAUAACUUUAGUUUCCUUGCAAUUUCAUUUUAAUUGAACCAGUAGUACACAUAGUGUAUCACAUAUUGAAUCUCAUUUCCAGUUUUGGUAGCAGAAAUCACUUUUUUUUCUAAACUCAUUCAUUUUAUUCUCAUUUUGCCUACCUUAUAAUGUAAAUAUACAGCCCUGUGAUAUCUGAUGGGCCAUACACGAUUGUCUGUUAAUUGUUGGUAUUUUUAUGGCAGAUUUAUACAGAGUCACUUAUGAUCUUCUCUUUGGCAAUUGAUCUGAUGUUUUGUCAUAUGUGAUAACUGCAGUUCAUAUACUAAAAUAAAAACAAUAUUAGUAAUGAUAAUGAUAUCUCAUAUUUACCCAAGUUAGUCACUUCAGGUAUUUGCUCGUCAUCCAGCGGGCCCUGCAUACCACAAUAUGUUAUUAUUACUCUUCUCCAUUUUUAUAUACCGAGCACCCCGCUAGAUGGCAAAAGGUACCAUUAUUUUAAAAGAAAAGUCUUUGAUAUGACUCAGCCAGGGAUUGAACCCAUGGCCUGCUUAGGCAUGGUCAUGUGGUAGGCACUCCUCUACCACUGAGCCACUGUGCCUGGUUUCUUCAGGCUAACAAACUCCCUUUGGUUUUGUAUGUGGAAGUUUAAAUAUUGUUUGAGACCACAUCAAGGGUUAAUGGUUUAUGUCCCUUCACCAAUGGACACAAUCUAUAUUUUACCUCUUUGAUGAUAAAUGUUUAACAUGAGAGCAGAAACAAUUCACAGCAUCUUGAUUUUGCUGAUGUCAUAUUUGACUAACCAUCUAAAAAUGAAUAAUACUCUAACCACUUUUCAUAGCACACCAAAACUGGAAAUUGGGUCUAUCAUAUAAGAUUUUUCAUUUUUAAAAGAUCGCUAUUGUUAUCCUAAUAUUCUAUUCUCAUAAAGCCAAGCAAAGUUUGCAUGCGUUUUGUAUUUAGUUUGUAGACUUUUUUUUGUAUUGUGUUUUAUAAAACAUUCAUGUACCCUAAGCUUUUACACUUAUGUGUCAGUUAUCCCUGAAAGAAAAGGAAUAUUCUCUUUUAACUCACUUGUAAAUAUUUCACUAGAUGUAGCUUAAGUGGUGGAGCAGAUAACUUGUAGCAAGUACCAUGUAUAAUAAAUGAUGAUAGCGAUUGAAA